AUGGAGAGGAGACUAAUAAUGUCUGACUUUGGCUUCUUGCUGGCCUAUGUGACUCUGUUACUCUCAGUCAGUCUCGAGGCAUCUGGUGGUCCCUCGGAGAUCAAGACCGGCACCGCUUUUUUCAUCUUCGGCGACUCCUCCGUGGACUCUGGCAACAACAACUACAUCGACACCAUCCCUGAGAACCGGGGAAAUUACAAGCCUUACGCCCAGAAUGGCUUCUUUAAAGAACCCACUGGACGCUUCUCUGAUGGCCGCAUCAUAGUUGAUUAUAUAGCCGAAUAUGCCAACUUGCCACUAAUUCCUCCAUUUUUACAACCGUCUGCUGAAUACGUGAAUGGAGUCAACUUUGCCUCUGGAGGGGCUGGAGUUCUUUCUACCACCAAUCAGGGCCAGGCCAUUGAUCUUAAGACACAACUCAAACACUUUGAAGAGGUGCAAAAUUCACUAACAAAGAAUUUGGGAGAUGCAGAAACAAAGGAGCUUCUAUCGGAAGCAGUUUAUUUCAUUAGCAUUGGAAGUAAUGAUUAUAUGGGUGGUUAUCUUGGUAAUCCAAGAAUGCAGGAACAGCAUCCUCCCGAAGAAUAUGUUGGGAUGAUCAUUGGGAGGUUGACACAAGCAAUCCAAGUAAGCUUACACCUUUUGCCUUUUUUCUAUAUGUUCCUUGUAAUUGAAACUAGUUUAAGGUUUGAUUGGAAUGUUGAUCUUGCGAUGCCUGGUUACUGA